GACCACAGGACAGUGUAGCACACCUAGAUCAACCACACUGCAGCUUGCUGUGCACCCUGAAAACAACAGUUAGCUUCUGCUCCUUCUUUUUUCUGCAUUUGCUUCUGCAAGAACAGAUUUUAGCACAUCUAUCUUUUCAUCAAUGCAUCUCUACCAUAGCACAAAGGUAUCACAAAAAGUGGGUCUUUGAAGUAAAAGAGAGAGACAUCACUGCUGGAUGGUCCCGCCACGCCAGCAGGUCACUGAGAGUUCACAACAGGAGGGCAGUGACCUCAUCACAACCAGGAAGCUGCCAAAUCCCAUCCUGGCUCCUCACCAACACAGAGCCCUUCACAGAGAGCUGCUAUUAUGCCACAGAAGUGGUCUACUGCCCAGAGAGAAGCCGGAGCUGCAGUGUGUGCUGGAACACAGACAGAGAGAGCAGCACAAGCAAAAGGAGGUGGCCCUCUGUCCUCCCUCCGACUUGGAAGUGAAGCUACGCACAAGGCUGCAGAAAAUACAAGUUUACGAGCUGGAGGAGAAGAAGAAGAGCGAGAGCCUGCAGAAUGUUCCAGAGUUUGUUCGUGUGAGAGGAACCCUGAAACGUAUCCAAACUUUUUCCUAGUGACGAGAGCAAAGGGACAAAUACUGUUACAGUGGAGUCCAGACAAGUUCCUGCUUUAUGGUACUGUCAGUUAAAAGGAUCCUUGAUUGACAACUGCAUAUAUUUCAGAUUGGAAUAAUAAAAAUUCAUCAGUAUUAUUUUGAGAAUAAUGUUCAAGUGUAAGUAUUUCCUCUAAAAUCUGAAUUGUGUAGAGAUAUUAAGCCAAAAAGUGUGUUACGCUAGAAUCAUUCCUAAAUAUGGCCAUAGAAAGUAGGUUAUUAUAUUUCGUAGUACUGUUAAAAAACAUUUUAAGACCUCUUGGUAGCAAUUCUGCCUUUUGUAGAAUAUCUUACAACAUGUAUGCAUUUGACUGAUGUAUCCUUUCAAACAAUGAAUAUAUGAGAAUAGAAGUGACAAGAAUACACUUAGAAUUUUUAAUAAAACAUCCAUGUACGUAAAAACAAACACUGAUAUUGAAUCGUAAUCUGCUAGUGACAACUGUGAGAAAAUAGUCAUGUCAUUGUUCACAAAAACGUAACAGACACAUAAAAACGAGCAUGGA